AUCUUUUAGCGCCACAAUGCUGCGUUGUGAUUGGCUGAAUUUAGAACCUCUUAUCAAUUAUUUACUUUCGUUAUCACUGCUUCGAACGUUUUCCUGUACAUUUCCUACAAUUUCAAACUGGAACGCAGUGUUUUCCCGGGAAAGCUGUGGAAAUGACGUUUCAGCUUCAACUGAAAUUUUCAUUUCGAUGAUAUUUAUUUCUCAAUAAGUAUUCCAAUGUGUAAUUUUUGCUGUUGAAAGGAAGCUCUUCAUCUCCAGAGGAAGUAAACAUUACGAGUAAAUCAUCGUCGUCGCAAUAUUUGAACAACGACACUACUUUGGUUUCUUUUUCAUAUGCGCUUAUGACCCGUAACAUAGAGUUUUUCUAGGUAUGCAACAUGCGAACUAUUGGCUGCAAUCCAUUUGACGAAUAUCAAAAGAGGAAAGAAAAGAAAACGCCAUGAUCGUGGUGAUUUUGGAGACAGGGGUGUUUUUUAUCAUAGGAUAUUUUGUAUUACGAACGUAUUUGAAACGAUUACUUUAUUUGAGUCACUUCGUUUGCAUUUUAAUUGCGUUCUCGAUAAGUUGCACUAUUUUAUUAGAGGUUUCUUUUCACAUAUUUCAAAAGGAUGAAAAUUUAUCGGGACAUAAUUCAGGCCUGCCCAUUGUAUUAUGGUGGACUCCUCACGUUGGCUUUAAAAAUGGAAUCCGAAAAUGCUACAAUAGAGAGUGUGUCGUCACGCAUGAUAGAACUUUUUGGAAUCAAAGUGGCGUUAAGGCAUUCGCUUUUUAUGGAAGUGAUAUCGAUCCAGAGGAUUUACCUUUACCCAAAAUGGAUAAGUUUUGGGCUUUAAUUCACGAAGAAUCGCCAAAAAAUACUCCGAUUUUAUUGAGCGACGAUUUUUUGAAAUUAUUUGAUUUUACGUCGACUUUCAGCAGAACUAGUCAUUUCCCUUUGACUGCGUUACAUUUAAAUAAUUUGAAUGAUAUCAGAGAUUUGAAAUAUUUUGUACCUGUUGAUGAGAAAAACGCUUAUGUGAAGAAAGGUGAAAUUGGAUCAGUGUUAUACAUCCAAUCGGAUUGUGAUACAUUUACAGAUCGUGAUGCUUAUGUUGCUGAGCUUAGCAAAUACAUAUCAGUGGAUUCUUAUGGAAGGUGUUUAAAUAAUGCAAAGUUACCAGAAAAUUUGAAAAACGUAUCAAGUUUUUAUUCGAGUGAUUUCUUACGCUUCGUUGCUAGGUACAAGUUUACCUUAGCGAUAGAAAACGCAGUUUGUGAUGAUUACAUUACUGAAAAAUUAUGGCGUCCACUGAUGGUUGGUUCGGUACCUAUCUAUUUUGGAUCACCAACAGUUCGGGACUGGUUACCUAAUCACGAAUCAGCAAUUUUAAUAACGGAUUUCAACGGACCUCGAGACCUGAGUAACUAUUUGCAUAAAUUAAACUCAAACGAUAAACUCUACGAAUUGAUGUUAUCUCAUAAACUCGAAGGAACCAUAAGUAAUCAAAUGUUGAAAAAUAUGAUAAAAUCUAGAAGAUGGAAAUGGCACGAUGAUGACAAUUAUGGAAACUAUAUCGACGAAUUCGAAUGUCAAAUAUGCCUAUAUUUACACGGCGAUAAGUUAUUGACUAAAAAUACCAAGCGAAGUCAUUAUUCGUGUUCUCUUCCGUACUCUUUAUUGACUGGUGAAAAAAAUAAAAGUAAUCAGUGGAAUGAUAUUUUACGUUAUGAAAAAUGCCAUGGAGAAGCCCUUUCGUCAUUCGUUUCAUCUCAAAGCGUGAAUUAUGCUGAUACCGAUGUGAGAAGAAAAAUUGACGAAUUGAUUAGUGAAGAGAAAUGUUGAUCAGAUGGUGUGAUUUUAAAAUCAAGCUAGGUACCAUUUUUAAAGUUGAAAUGUUUCAAUCAGUGAUCAGAGUAAUUUUUGUUUGUUGAUUUUACUCGUCCUUUUUACUAGUCGUUAUUGUUAAUUUUUUUUAAUAAUUGAAAAUAGAUUUUAUUUUCUGUUUAUUUAGAUAAGCUAUAAAAAAAUGAAUUAUCUUUUCUUCCUU